AUGUCUAAGCCUCAAGUUCACGUCGCUAUAGUUGGGGCCGGCCUUGGGGGCCUGGCUGCAGCGAUUGGCAUAGCAAGGGCCGGGCACAAGGUCACACUUCUGGAGCAAGCUCCGGAGCUGGGGGAGAUUGGAGCAGGCAUCCAAAUCCCCCCCAACGCGUCCCUGAUUCUCAAGCGGUGGGGUGUCCUAGACGCCAUAGAAGAAGUCUCUGUUCGCCCGAAAGAUUUUAUCCUUCGUUCUUAUCGGGAUGGGAAAGUACUCUCAGUCCAAAAUGUCCUUCCGUAUACCGAAAACCGAUAUGGGACACCUUAUCUCCAUAUUCACAGAGCAGAUUAUCACAAGAUUCUUCUGAAGGAAGCGAUAAGGCAAGGUGUAGAGAUUCUACUUGACUCUACUGUGAUAGGAGUAGAUUUCGAGAAGCCAGCAAUUCAUUUGAAAGAAAAGCCUGAUUUCCACGCCGAUGUCGUCAUUGGCGCUGAUGGUCUUAAAUCGGCGUGUCGAGAAGCCCUUCUUGGCCGGCCCGACCCUCCUCGCCUAACCGGGGAUUUGGCAUAUCGAAUUAUCGUGAGGGCGGAAGACAUGAGGAAACAUCCUGAACUCUCGGAGUUCCUUGACCAGCCAUGCAUAAACUAUUGGAUGGGACCGGAUGCUCAUGCGGUGUGUUAUUUCCUCCAGGGUGGUGGCCUAUACAACAUUGUUUUAAUCUGCCCGGAUAACCUUCCUGAGCUUGUGAAUAUUGCGCAGGCAGAUCUGGAAGAAAUGCGGGCUUUCUUUGAAAACUGGGACCCAAGGUUGAAGGUUAUUCUUGAUCUGGUCCAAGAAACCAAAAAAUGGAGAUUACAAAACAGUGUAGAAAUGGCAACGUGGUGCCACCCGAGCGGAAAAUUUGCAUUGCUAGGGGAUGCGUGCCAUGCGACUCUUCCAUACCUAGCACAGGGAGCGGCGCAAGCUGUGGAGGACGGGGCAGUUCUCGGCACUCUGUUUGAGGAGCUCGAUGACAAGGCUCAGCUAAGCGAUCUACUCGCUAUUUAUGAAAAAAUACGAAAAUCGAGAACAACUCGGGUGGUCCAGGGAAGCACAGCUCUUCGGGACAUUUUCCAUAUGCACGACGGCCCAAGCCAGGAGGAGCGGGAUAGGGUACUCCUGAAUGAAGCACCCUUCGAAGGAUUCCCUAACCGCUGGGCGGAUCCAGUUUUCCAGCAGUUCUUGUUCGGAUAUGAUGCACGUGCCGAAGCACUACAAGCAUGGGACGCAUAUAAGAAAGGGAAAUCCCCCGAGUCCAUAAAGGGAGUUGAAUCUCGCCUGUGA